AUGUCUAGUAAAUACAGUGCACUUCCCGAUAUUGACACUCAACCUGACGUAUACGAGACACCCGAUACUGUCGAAGACGCCGAAGUUUCUGACGAUGGUUUCCCCAGUAUUGAGGAACAAAACGAAGAUAUUGUUAAUGAUAAAAUUACUGUUGGCGAAGCUGUUGAUAAAUUUAAAGACAACACCGGGGAAGCUGCAGAAACAGAUGCCGAGAGAGCCAUUCAAUACAAAAAACAAUUGUAUAAGCAAUAUGUGAAACGACCUUUAGAAUAUGAAAUCCUUCCAAGGGAUCCCGCAUUACAGGAAACUUCUUUGCAAAAAUUGAGAAGAUUGCAGUAUGAAAUACAGGAGCUCAAUGAAGAGGUAGAAAAAAAGAAGGACGAAGCCUCAAUAAAUACACUUAAUCAUAAUGCACUAGCAUCGCAAAUAUUGACUUUGCAAGAGGAUCUAUCUCGUAUCAGUCAAUCCUUGGGAGAUUCAGAUGAACAGGAGGGUACAAUAAUAAAACAAGCUGAACUUGGCAAAAAAUUGGUUCAUCAAUUGCAGACUUUCAAAAGUGUUGGUAUGUCCAAGACAAACGGGACAGCAAGUGAAACAAAUGGAAUUGAUGAAAGCGCUAUAAGGCAUGCUCCUAAUUCCGAUGCUGGAAAAAAUAUGGUUACAUACGAAUUGUUUUAUUCUCCUGAAACCGCACGAGUUCAUACUUUAGGCAAGAUAACUGAAUUAGAUGAACGUAUUGCUGCUCUAGAGAAACUCGUGGGCACAGCUCAUGGGCAAAAUUUCGAAGACCUUUCAAUUUCUAUAACAAAUACUAAUCUCAUUGCUGCCGUCGACAAGCUUGAUCAGCAUAUGCAAAUAUUGGCACAGCCUCGCCAUUUGGAGUCUGUUUCUCGAAAAGCAAAAACUCUUGUUGGAGAGUUAGAAAAAGUGAAUGAAUUGAAGAGUAAAGAAUUCAUGAAUGGCGGUGUCAUCAAUUAUGAUACCCAAGAAAGAAUCAAUUAUCUUUUCGCUCUUUUGGACAAGGUUGAUCCACUGAUUUCCAUUGCACCAGCUUUGGUCAACCGAUUGAAAUCUCUGCAACAAUUACAUCAAGAGGCCGCAGUAUUUAGUGAUACUAUCAAGAUGUUGUCUGAUGAACAAAGCAAAAUUCGUGAAGAAUUGAAAAGUCUGAAUGAUGUUUCUGGAAAUCUUGAUAAGUCUUUCAAGGUUAAUGAAGAGACUAUUCAACAAAACAUCAGUACCAUGGAUGCCCGUGUUACUGAUCUUGCCAAACGAUUAGAAAAAUUGGGAGUAGAGAUGACAAUCAAUUAA